GUUUUCGCUGUCAUUUUAAGACCACUUUUCCUAUAUAAUGUUACAUGCAGCCCCAUUGAAGAUAAACAUAUAGUACACUUUUUUAUAGCUUCUCUUCUAGACUUGUACCAUUUGCAUCAUCUAAGUCGAGAACAAUAGCAAGAGAGAUGGCGUUCGCUGCGGUGUUUCUUGUGAUCCUGAUGGCCACACCAGCGGCCUUUGCCACGGACUACCCCGUUACAUGGAGCUUAGGCACUGACUACUCGUCAUGGACCACCAAAUCGCUAAAUGCUGGUGAUACGCUUACCUUUACCUACGAUGGCACACACAAUGUGGAGGAAGUAAGCAAAAGUGCCUACGACAGUUGUUCUUCUAGCAAUGCCCUUGAAAGACACACCGGUGGAAAAACCACCAUUACUUUAAAGGAGGGUCCAGCAUACUUUAUUUGUGGCACCGCUGGACAUUGCUCUGGAGGCAUGAAGCUACAAGUAACCGCCAAAGCGUCCGGAGGAUCAACUACCCCAUCAUCAACACCUACGCCCUCUGGAUCAACUACUCCAUCUUCGUCUACCCCAGCUGGUAGCAAUGGUGCCGCGGGGCUUUCAAGUGUGGCUCCUUUGAUUAUUGGUUUGCCACUUGCUUUGGUUGCUUUCUUUGGCUAGAGAAGAGGCAGUGCAGAUGGCAUAUCAUUGGCCAGUUUAAUGAUUAUGUGUUUUAAUAAAUACUUACUAGCUGUUUUUAUUCAGUUUUAAGGAGUUUGUUGUGAAUUUGAAGAGAUGUAUAUUGUAUUUAACAUUUUAACUAGUGUUUGUCAAUUUCAUCUGAGUUUGUAAUUCUUUCCAUUGUUAUCACAUGGCUGCUUUUAAGUAGGUAGUUUAUAUAAUCUUAUAUGAUACA